AUGGGUUGUCGUCUUUCAUCGAUAACUGAUAAUAAUAAGAAGAAAGAUUCAAUAUUUGUUGAUAGUUCACAACAACAAUUAAAUGAAGAACAAAUUGAACAACUUCUUAAAACACGAUUUAAUCGUUCAGAAAUUAUUGAUUGGUAUCAUGUUUUUAUGAAAAAAUGUGGUAUAAAUAGUAAUAAAUCCUCAUAUCUUACAGCUCAUAUUCAUAAAUCACUUUUUAUUGAUUAUUUCAAUCAAUUACAUCCUAAUGGUGAUGUAAUUCGUCUAACAGAAAAUUUUUUUCGUAUAUAUGAUCUUAAUAAUGAUGGUAUUAUUGAUUUUAUGGAAUUUAUGCAUGCUAUAAGUAUUAUUCGACGAGGUGAUCUAACUGAAAAACUUUCAUUUAUUUUUUCUUUAUUGGAUUUUAAUCAAGAAGGUUAUAUAGAUCGUUUAAAAUUAGUUAAAAUGAUGGAAGCAUUAUAUAAUACUAAAGGAAUAAAUUAUAAAUAUAGUUAUAAUGUUUUAUUAAAAAAAGUUGAUAAUCUUAUAAUAAGAUUAGAUAAUAAUGAAGAACGAGGACGAAUUAUAAGAUAUAAAUUUAUUGAAAGUUGUAUGAAUGAUCCUAUAUUAAAAGAUUUACUUAAUGCAUACAAAUGA